AUGGAGCAGCGGUGGCAUAGUGUAGUCAUUGAAAAUGACGAGGGCGAUGAUGUUUUCCUUAAAGCUGCUCCUCUCCUUCUGGAAGCCCUGCGGAUUAUAGAGUCUGCGAAGACCUUAACGGCUGCUGUGCAGCUUUCCCAUCGUACCAAUGAGCUAUUCAGUGGAUUCGAAACCGAUGACAACACUUCACGUAUCCGCUUUUCGAGUUCCUCAUUCGGGAAGAUUUGUCGAAGCAUCGAGAAACUUCGUGCAAAACAGAAAAUCAUGUAUCCCGUUCUGGAUGUCAUUUUAUCAGCCUUUGUGCAUGUCCAGCAUUGUGACUCAGCGUUUUCAACUUCACCUACGACGGAGACAGGUCUCAAAGUGGCUGGAAUCAAUAGCGACUCCAAAGAACAUUCCUUUUCGGUUUUGCCACCAGAAAAGGAUAAUAUGACCGAGAAUCCAGGCGAAUGUGCUCGAUUCCCGUUAGACCCUCGCGGCUAUGCCUUACCAAAUGAAAUGCGCUCCCAUAGAGGAUUACGUCCCACACGACGAACACACGAGCCUCUUAUUGUCUGCCACAAAAACGGGCUUAUUUACCCGCAGCAAAUGUUCCUUGACAGGGACCUUUUUGAGCACCCUACCCUGGACUACACCAACUUCCGGGAGUGCUUUGGCCGACUGAGCGACAUUGCUGCCGACCCCAAACUCUUCACGGCCUGUGAGCCGCGCCUGCGAAUUCUGAAGAGCCGAUACGCCUUGUACAGCGCCUAUAACGGCUCGCGCGAAGAUCAGUGCGACUCGGUGAUGGGUGGUGGGAGCGUCAUGCGAGCCCCGAAGAGCGACAUUCGUCGCCUGGAAACGUGUAUCUCAGCCAGAUCCCUUCUGAAGUUUAUUGAGUCUAUAUGCCGGAGUGAUCCGAAUUAUGUGGUAAUUCAUUCAGCUUCUGACAACAACAGCAUAUCUACCGACGGCGAUGAAGGUUCUUCAAACAAUGAGCCUCAAAAAAGAACUUCUUUAAAUACGAAACGCAGUGAAGAACCUCCUAAGUCAGAAGAGCGGGGCUUAACCUGCAGCAAAAAGUCGUGUGUUAAUGAAUCCGAUGCGGAGAUGGGUAAUUGGGAAGCGCGGAAUCGCGUUGCUGAGGGUGAGAUCACUGUGCGAGAUCUCGUGAUGCGUUUCUGUGGUGUUGAGGGAAAGCGAGGAGAUGAGUUUCCUCUGAACCAUGGUCGGCCUGCUGUAGACGUAAUGUCUGGUGACGCAACGCGUGCCUUAACGCCGGAAGGGCUCUUCUUGACUCCGCAGUACGCACGAGCCAUCAAUGGCUCCUGGCCUGACUUGCAUCACACUCCCAUCGGGGAAAAGAAAAUCCCUAGUGAAGCCCAAUACGUGUAUGAAAACUUGAGAAAUUUUUUAUCAAUCAACAAUGAAAAUAAAGGGGAUCUUUUUGCUAAAUUUGUGGUACCCGCCCUAUCACGGAUCCUGCACACUCCGGGAAGUGAGUUUGAUGCAAUCGAGCUUGAAGUAACUGUCAACGGUUCUGAGCGUGGGGAGCUGGAUCGCAUUGCUGACUGGUGCGUUCGGAGUGGAAUUCUGGAGGAAAAUCGCAUCUGCUUCAGUAUUCACGUCACACAGGGAGCCUUCGCAACCCCAACCGAGGACUCUCCUCAUCAAGAUGAGGAAUCGGCACCGUGGUGGUGGGUCAUGUGUCAAGAGCACCUGAGCAAGACCGAUAGAAACGAUCUGUCUGGCAAGGCUGAAACCUUCCAAGACGUACUCCAGAAUAUUUUCGAACCUAUUUGGGAAGCGCUGCUAGAUCCUGAGUCGUAUCCCAGCCGCGUCCGUUUUCUUCAGCGUCUGACUUCCUUUUCCAUUAGCCUGGGCCACGCGUCAGCGGUGUUACAGGAGCUACCGGUAGUGUCAACCCCUUCUCAGUAUCCCCUGCGUUCCUCUGACGCAGCCCCGUCCAAUGCAUUUGUAGCUUUUCACAUUCAGCGCAACGUGCAACUAUUGAACUGCUUCACCUGCGCGCACGAGUAUUUCUAUCGGACGCGCGACUCAAACGAGACGUCGACACACGGUGCCAGUAAGAGAAAGAAAGGAGGAGUUAUGGAAAGUAGUAAAAAGCACGGCAAUCACUACACGGACCAGGGCACGGCCGGAUCCCCAGGCGAUUUUCAUUUUUGGAACGACACAAGGGAGAGAUAUGAUAGUGAGUUUACAUAUUCGCAUCAUUUACCCUUUCAUACUCUUUACCACCACCAUGCACCUAUUAUUCCAGGCCCUCUGCGUCUUCGCCUCCACAGUAACGGCUCAAAUAACAGCCGAACCAUGUUCACAGAAAGCAUCUUAGGGCUUUUGAUAGCCGACGAGAUCGUGAACCCGACUCAAGCUUUUGAGUGGGGACCGCUGACGUACCUAUACUAUCUCACUCAGCGACACCUCGUGCUCACCCCGUCGAGCAAUCAUCACAGCAACUCCACAAUCAAAAAUACUCUAACUGACAACGCGAUCUUGCUGGCCAUACGGGUUGGCCUGCACGUAUCGAUUUCUACCCUCAACCCUCUUUUUUUCUACCACACUGAUGAGGCCCUAAACGAGGAGCUGCUGAAUAUUGGUAAGCACCUGGGUCUAGCGACCACCGACCUCACGGAGAUGUGUCUGCGGUCGAUGGAAAGUCGUAUGCCCCACUUCCGUGGAAACUGCCACGUCGUGGAUGGAGAUGGAGUGAACAAAGGAAACCGAGACCACUUUCAAUGUUUUCGGGAGGCUUUUUGGGGGGAGGCCUGGCCCCGCGUUGAGGCUCGGUAUAACAACUUUCCCCUCACUCAAGUGAGUUCGUUGCGGCUCAAUUUUCGUGAUGCGGCAUUGUGCCACGAGAUGGAUCUCUUGUGUCGUAAAGCCCUUCCUCAAGCACACACGGAUCCUUCGUUCGAGGUGUCUUCGAUGUCGUUUUCAUCUCCAGCUCUGGCGACGGCACGAAUCGGUAGAGCCUCUUUUCUUGAUGAUAUUUCACUCUGCAUGCACGAAUCCCAAGUUGUGACGCGGUGGAAUCGUCUGUAUACGUUUUUCAACAUCCCUUCCUCCUGCCUUUCUUCCGCUACAGAGGAGGAGUGGGAUGGCAAUCGAAAAGACUCUACAGCGCGUAAACAUCGUCGUCAUCAAUCACAUCAUGAACACCUGGAGGCGGCCCUCCGAUUUCCUCGCAUCAAAAUCAUCGGUCCCAAAAACGAGAGUCCGAGUGACAUCGCCAAAAUGGUGGUGCAUUGUAUGGCGCUGAGGCAAAAUUACCAGCAGUACGAUGUGAGGCCGUCGUUGUCUUUCUACAGACAGGAGGCAGAGAAAUCUGUGGAUAAAAGAGGAGCUGGGAGUAGUGUAUCUUGCGGUAAGUCUGAUUCCUCUGGGAAAAUGGGUGCCAAUCCUGCAGCACCCCCCCAACCCACUUCCUAUGCGAUUCGUGACGGUGUUAUAGACGUCUUGUUGGAUAAAAGCAGCAGCCGAAGCUGUAACGAGAAGAGGGGAAGACAAAAAAAUACAGCGGUCACGUCCUACAACACGCACCCAUUUGUUCCACUUCCGACGUGGGCCACCUUUCAACAGCAUGUGCUUCAGCUUCGCGCGCUUAGCAGCAACCACAGCGUGCAAGAGUUUUGUUCUAAGCGAUUAGGAAUGCUAGAAUGCAAGUAUAAUCUACAUAUUGCACUGACCAAAGACGACGAAGAAGCUUACUUUGUCGAGAUACCGUCAGGGGAGUAUGAGGAUGCGAAUCUAACAACUGAGUGUCUCUCCUCGAAUCCAAAAUCUUCAGAGGGUGAAAAAAUGUCCAAUACGGCACUGGAUGGUGCCGUUACAAGACACGCCACCCAUUCGAAUAGUGCGUCAAAUAGCCUGCUCGUAAGGCGAGACUCUAAGGCAGACGUCUUUAACAUCGUUAAGGUUGACGUGCACUGUCACAUGGCUGGGGGCUUCACAGCUAAAUCCCUUUUGUCGUUUUUAAAGCAUAAGGUUCAGUUUAAUGGAGAUGAUGUUAUUGGGGUAGAUGCCAAGACAGGUCUCGCUAUCACGCUUGGGGAAAUGUAUCGUAAGGUAGUUGAAAAGCGUCUCGAUCUUCUCUCCAGAGCAAAUAACAGGGUUAGGGGAGCAUCUCCGCAUCGCCCACAUCUUAUGAGAGCCAAUGAGGUGAACCCAGCGGAGUCUUUACAGAAUCGAAUCCAGGGCCUCACAAUUGCGGCGCUUGACGUACAGGCCGGAAAGGCAACUUUCAACCGGUUCGAUGAGUUCAACAGCCGCUACAGCCCGAUGCGUGUUUCCGAGCUGCGCUCGCUACUACUUAAAACCGACAAUUUCAUGGGGGGGCGCUACUUUGCCGAGCUCAUCCGAAGUGAGGUCUUUGACAAGAAUGAGAGGGAGGGCAACAUUUUUACGGAAAAUCGUCUUUCCAUUUACGGUCGUGACCACGGAGAGUGGAUGCGUCUGGCGAAGUGGGCUUUCAUUCACGGCAUGGCGCACCACACCAACCGCUGGAUGAUUCAAAUUCCUCGUCUUUUCAAUUUAUAUCGACUUAGUGGUGUGUUAAGAAAUUUUGAAGAGAUGCUUUGGAAUAUCUUCAAUCCCCUCUGGGAGGCCUCUCUCCACCCGGAGAAGCAUCCGUUACUACACUAUUUUCUUCAACACGUCUCAGGCUUCGAUAGUGUUGACGAUGAGAGCAGCCUGGAGUCAGGCGAGAUGGUCUUUUUACCUCCGGCCCAGUGGACACGUGCUGAGAACCCGCCCUUCGCGUAUUACAUGUACUACAUGUGGGCCAACAUCACCACGCUUAACCGGUUUCGAGCUUCAAAGGGAUUGUGCACGUUCGAUUUCAGACCUCAUGCCGGAGAAAGUGGAGAUCCAGAUCACAUGGCAGAUGUCUUUUUUCUCGCAAAUGGAAUCGGGCAUGGAAUCAACCUCAUGAAGCGGCCGGUCCUGCGGUACUUGUAUUACCUCACCCAGAUUCCUCUUGCGAUUGUGCCUUUGUCCAACAACGCGCUCUUUUGCAAAUAUUCUGACAAUCCAUUUCCCACUUUCUUCCGCCAGGGCCUGAACGUCUCGUUGGGCACCGACGGGGCACUGAUGUUCCACAACACAGAGCAACCCCUCCUAGAGGAAUACACGACUGCCCAGAACGUUUGGUCCCUUUCUGCUGCGGAUGUUUGUGAGAUUGCAAAGCGAAGUGUGCUCAUGUCCGGGUUUUCACCUAGGAUGAAAGCUCAGUGGCUAGGCGACCGAUUUUUCCUGCACAGUGUUGUUGGCAAUGAUGUGGAGAAGUCGCAUCUGCCGAUGACGCGCUGCGCGCUACGCUAUGAUGUCUACAUGGAUGAGAUCUCAUACCUUGAGGCACGUGCUGCGAUGGAUGUCGUUAAUAGGGCGAUGUUCACACCUGCAGAGGAAGAUUUGAUCCUAAUGGACACCAUGGGCUGCUCGCGAGUCGAGGCUUUAAGUCAGUGCCUUUUGGGAUGCCCCACUUCCAUUGAUUGUCAGUCUUGCGAGAGAAACACAAAACACGAGAAAAGCUCGGCACACAGCCAGGGCAACGUGCCUGAAAUUGUAUCGUCUCGAAGAUCUUCUCACAUUUCGCAGUGCGCUAGUGGUUCUUCCAUUCUUGCACAAUCUCAGUUAUGA